UUGUCAAAGUUUGUCUUUUAAAACUAAAUUUUUUAAAUUAAUUUUUUUAAUUAAAUUUGAUUUUGUAUUUAACUAUGCUUUUAUUGUCAAUAAACUGCAAAUUAAAGAUUUAAUUCAGUUAAUUUUGGUUAGAUUUGGAAUCAACAAAACGACCCAGCAAGCAAGGAAGAAAAAGUUACUAAAACAAACAAAAAAUCUAGAGAUACUCCAAAAAAAGGUUACAAAAAGUUAAAGAAGGAUGAUUCUCAACGAUAACAAGGCAGGCAUGGAAGGCUUAGAUAAGGAAUCGAUAAAUAAAAUUAUUGUAGAUGCUUCCAAGGGCUCCUUAUACUACGAGAACGAGCAGAGAAAAGAAAGCAUAUUGAAAGUUAAAAUUGAAAAUCAGAGAAAACUGUUGGCCCAAAUCACAGAGGAGCAGAAAAAAAUUGGCCUAAAAAUAGCAGACGAGUUAAUAUCAAAGUUAGAAUCAGCGAGAGGUUUGGGCAGGUCAAUAGUUCACUUUGACAUGGAUGCUUUCUAUGCUGCUGUUGAGAUUCUCUCUAAACCACAUCUCACCCAUGUGCCCAUGGCAGUUGGCAGCAAUCAUAUGCUGUCCACAUCGAACUACGCGGCCCGCAAAUUUGGGGUGAGGGCUGGCAUGCCCGGGUUCAUUGGCAAAAAACUCUGCCCCAAUCUCACCAUCGUGCCCCUCAAUUACCCGGAGUAUGAACGCUACAGCCGUAUCAUGCACGGUGUCCUAUCACAGUAUGACUCUAAAUUUUGCAGCGUAGGAUUGGACGAGGCCUAUAUGGAUAUUACGGAAUUAGUGAAUGAGAGAAUGAUGAAAGUGAGAGGAGAGAUGGUGAUGAGGAAGAAGAUGACGAUGAUGACGAAAGAUGCUUCUGCUGCUGAUGAUGAUGAUAAAUUCGAUGAUGAUGAUGAUGAAGAAGAAGACAAAUAUGAUGAUAAAGAUGAUGAUGAUGAAUAUAAAACAAAGAUUAUAUUUUCAUCAGUAGCUGCCGAUGAAAGCCAACGAAUUUUCCAAAGAUCCCGAAUAGCAGAAGUCUUAGUUAGCGAAAUCCGUCAGAAAAUAUUCGAGGCAACGGGUUUGACAUCUAGUGCAGGCAUUGCUUGUAAUGCUAUGCUGGCUAAAGUAUGCUCCGAUAUGAACAAACCAAACGGCCAGUUUGUCGUGCAUUCAACUAAGACAGAUGUUAUGAAUUUCAUUCGAGAUUUGCCUAUUAGAAAGAUUAGUGGUAUUGGCAAAGUGACAGAACAGAUGUUAAAAUCGUUAGGAAUUGAAAAGUGCAGCCAGCUGAUCGAGAAAAGAUCGAUAUUGCAAUGUUUGUACAGCAAAUGUACCUUUGGGUACCUCAUUAGAGUUGGAUUGGGUAUUGGGUAUGAUCUCUGUGAUAGAGUUGACUGUGAUAGAAAAUCACUCAGUGUUGAAAGAACCUUUGAAGAUACAGAUGAUAUUGCUGUAGCUAGCAAUAUCUGUAAAAAUUUAUGCCAAAUGUUGGCUGAUGACCUGAAUGAGAAAAAGUUAUCUGCUAAAACGAUCACUCUGAAGAUAAAGACGAUGAAAUUUGAGGUAAAAACUCGCGCCAAAACUCUGCAGACAUACACUAAUCAGUUUUGCACCAUCUAUCUGUGCGCAAUGUCGUUACUGAAGGAUGAAUUAGGAGUUUGUGUCAGUCAGUCAUUGAAAAUUAGGCUUAUGGGUCCGAAUGUUUUUUGA